AUGUCGAAGCUGUGGGCUAAAUAUGGGAUCGAUUUCGGAACAUUCCUGGUCAUCGCCAAGGGAGCGUUACCAGCAGUGAUAUGUGUUGCCAUGUAUGAGGCGACCCCGGUUGCCAAUCUCUACACGACUCUGGGAUAUCUGAAUAGUAUUGUCGCUGCCCUCAGCUUCAGCUUUCUGCCUCGAGCCAAGUUCCUCCAAAUGUCUAUUCUCAAUGUGAUUGGAACGUGUAUUGGAGCAGCUUUCUCACUGCUCCUCAUGUACUGCUCAACUCAAGCCCGUGUCCAUACAACGCCCCCAGAAGAGAUGGCGCAGCUGAUGCAGGCACUGUCCGAGUCGGCAUCAGACCCUUCGCGGGGCAGCAUACUGUCCCUGCCAUACAACUCUUCGGCUUCAGCAGUUUGCGGAAUCUGGCUCUUCUUCGGCAUCUGGAUAUCCACUUCCAUUCGAGCGCGACGCCCGCAACUGAUAUUCCCUGUCGUCAUGUUCAGUAUAGUCAUCAAUGUCUCUGCAACAUACGGCACUGUCCUUCCGACAAUGAAGAUGGCCGAGUCGUUUGUGAGGGAGGUACUGCUAAGCAUGCUAACCGGCCUGGGGAUAUCAUUUGGUGUCGGGAUAUUCUUCAUCCCCAUCACGUCCCGCAUGUCUGCGCGCAAAAUGAUUGUCGGAUACAUCGCCCUACUCAAGCGCGCCAUCCGUGCCGAGCAUGAACAGGUGAAGCUUUUGAACUCACGCCGGAUCUAUCGAGUUGAAACUUCAACUACAUCGAUGCAGGUGCCUCCGAACAAGUCUCCCAGUGUAUCCGACACCUUGCAACAGCUCGCAUCCACACAUCGUGCGCUUGAGACGGAAAUAAACUGCGUCGCGCGGGAGGUAGAGUUCAACAGACUGAGUACUGACAAUUUUAGGGAAAUAUUUUCCAACCUUGGAGCAGUUGCGUUCCAGGUUCGAGGCCUUGAUACCAUUGCAGACGCACUCGAGCAGAACGCGGCCAUCCAGGAGCAGCGCAUGAAUGAAGGUUCUGAUAUGACCGGUGACGGUGAGGCCCAUAAUAAUCAGAUAUCCGUCGCGAUCUACCGGAAUGCCAAUACUCUCUUCGCCGAGGUGGCUGGGCUAGUGGAGGAGUCGCUCGAUCAUUUCCUUAUCACCUUCCAAAUGGGGCCUUCUUCGCUAAGGAAGAAGCAGCAGCAUAAGGAUGCUGGUGACGAUACGCGAGACCCUGGCUAUUUCCCUGGUGGGGGUUCCUUUUCAACUUACCUGGAGCGGAGGCUACACAAUAUUCACACUCAGGCGCUGGAGAAUCUGCAGAAUGUGCGCUUGCUUUCACAGAGACAGCCCAGCAGCGGUGACACUGAAGAUAUAGCCCACGGUCUCGACGGCUCAAGUAUUGAAGAGCUGUAUCUUUUACUCCACAUGCAAGCCAUGCUUCAGUCGACUGGGAAAUGUGCUCUUAUAUUCGUCCAGGCAGCCGAUCGCAUAAGAGGAGAUGAAAAGUCGUUUAAGAAUGCUCUCCGAUACCCGACUCUCCAAACAUUGAAGCUUUGGAUGGGCAGUCUGCUCAUGACACACACCACCGAUAUCCACAGCAUGGAUAGAUCGGCCAAGUCGACCUUUGGAGAUCUGUACCACGGGAUGAGAGAUCCAGAGCGCGAAUCCCCUGAGACGUGGUGGGAGCGGUUAAUCUCCAGCUUCGAGAAAUUCUACCACUUCUUGGGCUCCGAAGAUUCUCAACUUGGAUUCCGUGCGGCGUGUGCGACCAUGUCCAUUGCAAUCGUGGCUUUCCUGGCAUCCAGCCAGGUGUUCUUCAUCAAGCAGCGCUUGAUAUGGGCAUCAAUUACAGUCGCCGUGGCUCUAACAACAUCCUCGGGGUCCGCUACUCGCGGCCUAUUCUGGCGAGUUGUUGGAACUGUGGCGGCAAUGGUUCUGUCUAUCGUCAAUUACUAUAUUGUGGAUGGGAAAACUCCCGGCAUAAUUGUAUUUCUAUUCGUCUUCCUAUGCUUCGAUAUGUACAUCAUGGUCAAGUUUCCGCGAUACCUGAUUGCCGGCUUGCUAGGCCUCGUUACCCAGGUUCUUAUCAUUGGUUAUGAACUGCAAGUCCGUAAGAUUGGCCAGCAACUAGCAGAAACAAGCGGCCAGCCGGUGUAUCCGAUCUAUGAGAUUGCCCCUUACCGACUUCUUGCUGUUAUUGGAGGCUGCUUCUCUGCGUUCAUAUGGACAAUAUUCCCGUCUGCAGUCACUGAUGCUUACCGAAUUCGCACCAAGCUGGGCCUGUCAUUAGACCUCCUUGCCCAGUACUAUACAUGUUCACAGGUAGUGUGGGAUAUUGAUCUGAGAGCAUUAGCCGAGCCCGAUAGCCCAGACCCAAAUCCGUGGCAGAGGGAAGAGCUUGUCAAGAUGAGAACGAAGGUAUUUUCAGAGAUCCUUGUUCUUAUUGAGGAGGUUAAACAACACUUGAAUGAUUCAUUCUGGGAUCCACGACGGGGUGGGAAGUUUCCAAAGAAGAGAUACACACAACUCACCUACGAGAUCCAAAGCAUCGUGAGCCAUCUUGGGCUGAUAUCGACUACGGCAAACUUACUACCAGACGCUUUAAAAGAAGAUGCCCGGCCCAAGUCCGACAAGGAUUGGAGGAAUACUCUCGUCCAGCUCCUGCUAUCGAGACAGUCCAGCGAAGUUGUCUGUACCUUUUCAAUGCUCGCAGCAUCCCUCAGUGAUGGAAAGCCUCUUCCGCCUUGUUCCGUGCCAGCCUUAUACAGUACCUCGCCAGACACGAAUAAGUUGCUAUCUCUGGGCUACAUGGCAGAGCCGGGAUUUAUUGUCUACGCGGCACCACGAGUUGUGUCUGAAUUAUGGAGGAACCAACUUAAAAGCGUUAUCGAGAAUGUUCGCUAUUUGGUUGGAGAAUUCAGAUUCUCUGUCCUGGAGUAG